AUGUUAUGUAUCAUAUAUUAUGCAAAAUAUUCACUAUCAUAUCGUCUUUGCGCAAUUAGAGGGUCACAAUACUAUGACCCAGAUAUAUAUUCAUCGCACAAAUACAUAUUUAACAAAUUUAGAUAUACAUCAGAGAAAUAUAAUUACAAUGAAUACUGGCUUCCAGUGGUAGAUUACUAUGAAACCUUUUCACAACACUUGGGGAACUCAGAUUCUUUGAUGGAUGUAUACAGAUUUCACGAUAAAAGUGGAAGGGAUUUAGCUCUUAGACCUGAAAUUACACCGCAGUUGUGCACAAUGGUGGAUGAAAAAUGGAAUUAUUAUGAUGAUAAACCUCUCAGGUGGUUCACAAUCGCUGAUUGUUGGAGAUACGAAAGACCAUGUUCAGGAAGGAGAAGGAAUCACCAGCAAUGGAAUUUGGAUCUUAUAUCAUCACAAUCCAAUAGUAUGGAUGCUGAACCGUUACUAGUAUUAAUUCACGCAUUUCAAUCUUUAGGUCUCACGGCGGAUGAUAUAAAAAUAUGCAUAAAUUCAACAGAGUUUAUUAGCAAAUUGUUGGAUAUGGUCAAGCAUGAUAGUUCUAAAAUUUCACUAUCACAGUUUAUAAGAAUUUUGGAUAAAUUCAAUCGUGUGCCUAAUGAUGAAUUCAACCAAUUACUGAUUAAUAUCGGUUUUAAAAUAACAGAGUAUGAAAAAUUAAUGGAUUUAUUGAGUACUGGAGACAAUAGUACACUAUUAAACACCUUUAACAAUGAUAACGUUGAAUCUACUUUGCGCGUGCUUAAAUCACUUGGACUAGAUAAUUGGAUUAGCUUGGACUUAUCAAUAGCUAGGGGAAAUGGGUAUUACAAUGGAAUUAUAUAUGAAGCUUUCGAUAAGAAGGUCAAGAGGAGAGCAAUUGCGGGCGGCGGCCAUUACCAAAUGAAAAAUAUAUCUAGAAAUAAAUUCAAUAUCGAAUGCAGCGGCUUUGCCAUGGGCAAUAUUGUAUUAUUAGAUAUUUUAUCGGAUAGGAAUUUAUUGCCAAAAAGCGUAGUCCUUAAAGUCAGUGACAUCGGUGAUGGUGAUGAUAUCAGCGAUUAA